AUGGCGCCGACAGAAAAGGAGUUGCAGAUCUCACCGAUCGUGCCCGAAUCGGUCAUGCAAAACAACAAGGUCCUCUCAGACUUCCAGUCCCUCUUAGGGUCGAUAUUCGGCGCCUCCGCCGGCAUCCUGGGUCUCGAGUCCUACAGCGGCUUCCUCUUCUACUUUGUCCUGACCAUCAUGACCACCGUUCUCUUCUACGCCCUCCGCGUCGCGCCGACGUCCUUAAAAGCCGGCCUGGCACCGCUGGACACGAGCCGGUACUACCGCUCCCAGUACGAGUUUUGGUUCGGCGGCCUGUUUGGCGGGCUGCCGGGGUACAUCUUGACGUGGACGCUGUUUUACGGGCUGGUGAGGGCGUGA